GCUCUUGUCAAUCAGACAGUUCGUUCCCAUGUUUUGUGUCAAUCGAUGGUUAGCGCGUUCGGCCUCAGAAGUGUGUAUAUCCGCAAGGGCUGCUUCUUUUAAAAUAGUUCAAGGUGUAACAAUCACCUACAUAUAAGUCACUGUCAAGUUCCCGUACCUUCAAGCAUUUCCGCUCAUAAAUUGAUUCCAAUUUCGGUAAAACCGGCUUCCACUCACCAACUUUAACCUCAAACCACAAUGUCAGGAGUGUUAUUCGAGGAUAUCUUCAACGUGAAGGACAUGGAUCCGGAAGGCAAGAAAUUCGAUCGUGUCAGUCGCCUCCACUGCGAAUCAGAGUCCUUCAAAAUGGACCUAAUUCUGGACAUCAAUUCGUGGCUGUAUCCAAUGGAGUUGGGCGACAAAUUCCGGCUGGUCCUAGCCACAACCCUGCGCGAAGACGGUUGCCCCGACAGCGGUGAAUAUGACCCCAUGCAGACGGAAGGAUCGAGGGCGGAUAGUUUCGAGUAUGUAAUGUACGGGAAAAUCUACAGGAUAGAGGGUGAUGAGGCACACAAUGAAGCGUCCAGUCGACUGUCCGCGUACGUGUCCUUCGGCGGAUUGUUGAUGCGACUGCAAGGGGACGCGAACAACUUGCACGGGUUCGAGGUGGAUCAACAUAUUUACUUGUUGAUGAAGAAAUUAGCGUUUUAGACUGGAUUGGAUGUUGUUAUUUUAUAUAAGAAUAAAAUACACUAUUUUUAAGGGA